CAUCGGCCACCGGACUUCCUUCUUCCUCUCAACCAAAUCCUGUCUGCCACUUCCAUUUCUCUCUUCCUUUCAACUAAAUCCAAAAUGAGUCUGUGCGGGAGUGUUUCUGCGGCAAACUUGACCUGCCAAACUAGCUCAAUACCCAUGGGAAAACAGAGUUUAAGGAGGAGGAGAUCAUCUCCUUUGCGGGUUGUUUUCUGCAUACUCUCUCAUCUCUUUGUUUUUUCCCUUUUAUUAAAAAAGAUUUCUUCUUUUGCUAUGGUGGUUUUUUGUAGGUAGUUUGUAUGGAUUACCCAAGACCAGAGCUGGAGAAUGCUGUUAAUUUCUUGGAAGCUGCUUCCUUAUCUGCAUCAUUUCGUUCUUCUCCUCGACCAAGAAAACCUCUCAAAGUAGUAAUUGCUGGUGCAGGUUUGGCUGGUUUGUCAACUGCUAAAUAUUUGGCUGAUGCUGGUCACAAACCUCUAUUACUGGAAGCAAGAGAUGUUCUAGGUGGAAAGGUGGCUGCGUGGAAAGAUGAUGAUGGAGAUUGGUAUGAGACAGGACUGCAUAUAUUCUUUGGUGCUUACCCAAAUGUGCAGAACCUGUUUGGAGAACUGGGCAUCAAUGAUCGCCUGCAGUGGAAAGAGCAUUCUAUGAUAUUUGCAAUGCCAAAUAAACCAGGAGAGUUCAGCCGGUUUGAUUUUCCUGAAGUUCUACCAGCGCCUAUCAAUGGAAUAUGGGCCAUCUUGAAGAAUAAUGAAAUGCUAACUUGGCCAGAGAAAGUGAAAUUUGCAAUUGGGCUCCUUCCAGCAAUGAUUGGUGGACAGGCAUAUGUUGAGGCUCAAGAUGGUUUAAGUGUUACACAGUGGAUGAGAAAGCAGGGCAUACCUGAUCGAGUGACUGAUGAGGUGUUUAUAGCCAUGUCAAAGGCUCUAAAUUUCAUUAACCCAGAUGAACUUUCAAUGCAAUGUAUAUUGAUUGCUUUGAACCGAUUUCUUCAGGAGAAGCAUGGCUCAAAGAUGGCAUUCUUAGAUGGCAAUCCACCUGAGAGGCUCUGCAUGCCUAUUGUUGAUCAUAUGGAGUCACUUGGUGGUGAAGUCCGACUUAAUUCCCGAAUAAAGAAAAUAGAGCUUAAUGAUGAUGGGACUGUAAAGAACUUUGUGCUAAGUGGUGGUGAUAUUAUUGAAGGAGAUGCUUAUGUGUUUGCAACUCCAGUCGACAUCCUGAAGCUUCUUUUGCCUGAAAUUUGGAGAGAUAUUCCAUAUUUCAAGAGAUUGGAGAAAUUGGUUGGAGUCCCAGUCAUUAAUGUUCACAUAUGGUUUGACAGAAAACUGAAGAACACAUAUGAUCACCUACUCUUUAGCAGAAGUCCCCUUCUAAGUGUGUAUGCUGAUAUGUCUGUGACAUGUAAGGAAUACUAUAACCUAAACCAAUCCAUGCUGGAGUUGGUUUUUGCUCCUGCAGAAGAAUGGAUUUCAAGAAGUGACUCAGAAAUUAUUGAUGCUACAAUGAAGGAACUAGCAAAACUUUUUCCAGAUGAAAUCUCUGCAGAUCAGAGCAAGGCAAAAAUUUUAAAGUACCAUGUUGUUAAAACACCAAGGUCUGUAUAUAAAACCAUUCCAAAUUGUGAACCGUGCCGUCCUUUGCAAAGAUCUCCAGUAGAGGGGUUCUAUCUAGCUGGUGACUACACAAAGCAAAAGUAUUUGGCAUCAAUGGAAGGUGCUGUCCUUUCAGGGAAGCUUUGUGCACAGUCCAUUGUACAGGAUUAUGAGUUGCUUGUUUCUUUGGGGCAAAAGGGGUUGGCAGCCGCAAGCCUCUGAUUACUGACUCGGAAUCAGAUUUUGCAAGGCAUGAGGGUGUUGUUACUGUAUGUCAUCAAAUUUGAUAUCAAUUACCCCACAAAACAUUAGAUGCAAAGAUGGCUUCCUAAGCUUAUAAAAAUCUAAGAGAUUCAUGUUUUUCAAGUGGAACAGCACCUAAAACUACAGUAUUCAUGUUUUUCAAGUGGAACAGCACCUAAAACUACAGUAUUAAAAUUAUUAGAGAGUC